GGAAGUACAAACUACGUCAGUACAUUACAAGUCGUUGAUUUCACGUUCACAAAUUGGAUUGGAUUUAAAAUGUUUAAUAAAAAUCCGCGCCGAAAUUUCAGGCAAAGGAAAAACGAAUCCAGUGAUGAAGAUGAGAAUGAAAAGCUCAGCGGUGGUGAUGGCGGAAAGGAAACGGAGAAAGCGGAUUUGCCGCGAAGUAACGUUAGUCCAAAGGCUCGCGAGUGCGACUCUAGUGAUGCUGAGGAGCCCUCAGUCACUGCACUCCAGUCCAAAGACACAAAACACCAUUCAAAGAGCAAUACACUCAGCUUUCUUGAUGAAAAAGACUCCACCGAGGAAAGAUUUACAGUAAAACGUUCAGUCGACAGAGAAGUUGUGUUCCAGGCUCGGAAAAAAGAUGGUUCUCCUGCACCGUUAACAGGCUCCCAGGUUAAGAAGAGUAAGGAUGUCAGUGUGCAAUCUGACAGUGAUUCUGAUUCCUCGGUUGAAGACAUUCCUCCUGACAGCGAUGAUGGAAGCUCUUCUACCAUGUCAAGUUCAUCUGGUUCUUCAAAACCACAAAGAGUCGUCGUUCCUGAUACGAAAAAGAUUCAUGCUGCCAAAGAGAAAAGGAGACAAGCCAGAGCCCAGCAAGAUUACAUUUCACUGGAUUCACCCCGAACUCCUGGAAGCCUACAGGAAGACGGUCAGAGCAAUGGAGAACAAGACAGUGACAAUGAGCUGGACGAUCAUGAGCGCAGAAUCGAGUUUGCACCCAAACCCAAGACUCUGAGAGAGCGAAUGGCUGAGAAGAUGGGGAGUGAUAGUGAUGAGAGUUUUUCUGACAGCCAGGAGGAGGAAGACCAGCAGAUAUGGGAAGAACAGCAAAUUAGAAAAGGAGUCAAAAGACACCAAAAGGAAUGGCAGGCUCCUAGACCAGCCCGACAGAAGAAAAUGGACAUCCCCGAAACACUUCCACCAGUCAGCAUUGAUGUCAUUAAGAAGAGAAUCGUUGCAAAAUUAGAUUCGCUGAGGGAGGUGCACAGGGCACGGGAGGCGGAGCUAAGGAGGAUGCAACUGGAUAUGGAAAUGGCCAAGAGCUCAUUGGAGAGCCUUGAAAACCAUGCUGCAGAUGAGCAGCUGCGGUUCUACCGUACCAUGAAUGUAUUCUCACGGAACCUACUGGAAUGCCUGUCUGAGAAGAUGGCUUUAAUAAACUCUGUUGAGCUGGACAUGCACAGUCUCUAUAUUGACCAGGCAGAGGCACUGAUGAGUCAAAGAAGAGAAGCACUACAGGAGGAGUCUUCACGGAUUCAGAAGUUAACCUAUAACACUGAUUCACACAGCAAUGGUGACACAACCGGAGGCUCUAACCCAACUUGGCAGAGCUUGUCUGAAGAAGACAUUGGGUGUGUGCCGUGUGACUGGGAACCUACGGCUGAGCAGCAGGCAGAGCUACAAAGUAAAAGAGAUGAUCUACUGAAAAAGGCACAGGAAGUGUUUGCAGAUGUUCAAACAGACUUCUGGGAUGUGAAGAAAAUCCUCUCUAGAUUUGAUGAGUGGCGUGUCUCCUUUCAGGGCUCUUACAGUAAUGCCUACAUUGGCCUAUGCCUCCCAAAACUCUUGGCACCCCUGAUCCGACACCAGCUUAUUGGCUGGAAUCCUCUUCAGGUGAUCUAUGGCUUGUCUACAGUGUAUUGUAUCAGAAUUCAUUACAGGGAAGAAUUUUCAUUGGAUAAGACGACGCUGCCUACCAUAAUCGAGAAGACAAUCCUCUCUAAAGUUCAAGGUUUCGUGGAGCUGGUGUGGGACCCUCUGUCUGCGCAGCCGUCUCAAACCCUCACGACACUGUGUAAGAGAAUACAGGAUGAUUACUCUGUAUUUGAUGGUGAACGAAGCAAACCUGUCAAGGCUUUUGUAGAAGCAGUUAUUCAGAGGUUAAGGAGUGCAGUAGACAAUGACAUCUUUGUCCCGCUGUACCCAAAAAAGUUUUUAGAGGAUAAACGGUCCCCACAGUUCCAGUUUCAGAACAAACAGUUUUGGUCCGCAGUGAAGUUGCUUGGUAACAUGGCAUUAUGGGAUGGUUUGAUUCCUGAACAUAUUCUCAAAGAGCUGAUGUUGGAGAAACUUCUCAGCCGUUACUUGAUGAUAACUGUUCUUAAUGAAUCUGAUCCAAAACACACCAUCCAGAAAUGCAAAGAGAUUGCAGGUUGUUUUCCAGAAUCAUGGUUUAUUGAUGUGAACACUGGACCGUCACUACCUCAGCUGCAGAACUUCAGCAAACAUCUUCUUCAGACCGCUCAUGCCUUAUUUAAGGACAACAAUGACUCCAGCAGCACUCGGGCACUUUUAUCUGAUGUGCUGUUUGUCCUGAAGAACAUAAAGGCACAUGACAGUAUUAGGACUAUAACAGAAAAAUAUCAUUGUGAGGAUCUGUUAAAAACUCUCCAGUAGCAGCCAUCUUGUGUCGGCAGCAUGUUUUUGUAUGUUUUUAAGGUGCUAAGUCACUUUGAUAUGUGUGUGGAGUGAAUAAAAUGUUUUAUUUUGGUCCACAUGGUUUUCAUUUUCCUUUACCUUGGUCAGAACUGUCAUUUAUUCCUGU